AUGGCAAAACUGAGAGCAAAGACUGCGACAAAUAUCACAAACAAGGUGUCACCAAAAGCUCCUGCAGGAAAGCUUCUUGAGAGAAUCUUUGAAGAUCUGACGAAUGACUCUGAUCCAGAACCACCUGUACAACCCAAGAACAUCCGGCCACCAGCAAGUAUGCCAAAAUUGCCUAAGCAGCCCAUCUUCGCCAGGACAAGAUCUGAAGAUGCUUCUGCUAGCAACAAAAGUCAGCUCUCUGCGCGUCCAUCCUUCGUCAGACAAGAUUCGAUGCCUUCUCUGUUGGACAGCGAGGACGAACUCAACGAUGUGCAUAUGUGGAAUACUCGUUCACCUCCUCGCUCAAGCAUCAAUGACAAACCUACUACGAAAGCAUCUCAAACGCUGCCAUCACCAACUUCGACACAAGACCCAACGACUGCGCAGGCUACAGUGUCAAAGUCGGACGGUCAUGCUUAUCUGNNAAAGACUGCUCAGUACAACAUUCAUGACUACAUCAAAGAAGCAGUGGGCGAUGUGGAUGAUCGUGUCCACAGAGUGUUCAAGGAUGUUGCCUUGAGAACGAGUCUCUGGAUCCUNGUGAACUCACAGAUCGGCACCAACGAGCGCAACGCGCGUGCAGUCAACAAGUCCUUGGAAGAUGUUCUGGACGCAUGCGACCCUGCGAAUACUGGUCUCUCACCCAAAGCAGCUGAUUACUGCAAGCUUCUGGACAAACAGGGGAAGGAGAGGCAGCAGGCUUUGGACGAUAUGCUUGAGAAGUUUGAGCAAAGAAAGAGGGACAAGUCGAAAGUGAUGGAUGCAGUUGUGGCGAUGAGGAACGACAUCAAGGAAGAGAGGGAUGCUUGUAACAGGGAAGAGGUCAAGGAACUGAGGAAGAAGUACGGCGAACAGGACAACGAGAAGAGCAGAAGUCAUAAGGGCGAUGAUAUUUCCGAAGAGCAAGAGAACAGGAAGAGAAAGAGAGACAUCGAGAGCGAGGAGCACAUCGACGUCGAUAUGAUGAUGUGA